CGGUUUUUUAUCAAGUGUAUCAUUAGUGUAGUACGUACUUGGUGGAAGUUUUGUUCGUCGUAUAGCAAUAAUUUUUAUAUUAGUAGCAACACAAUUAAAACCAAACAAGACAUAAUUUUUAUUCAAUAGCGCUAAUUUUAAUAUAUGAAAAGUACAAUUUUGUGGAAAGUCAUGUGAAUUCAUAAUGAAUCGUUCGAAAAGUUUUUGAAGAGUGGAUAUUGUUUAUAUUGGAGACUGGUACCUACUUCCGUCGCUCACGUAAACAUAAAAAACAAUACCGUCUGGAGAAAUGAAAUAUUAAGAAUUUUAUACAAAUUGUGAGAAGAAGAAGCCUUACAAAAUUUCAUUAAUAAUUACGACAGAUGUGGAUUAUUGUUUGGUCAACCAAAAUAAUGUUGAAUUGGUAGUGUCUCAACAACCCAGCCGAAACAACCGUAGAUAUUAGAGACUUGUCAAGGAAAUAGUAGUAGCGUUUACAAUAACAACACUCUGGAAUACUUUUACGUGAGCACAGCCAGUGAACUGCCAAACGCAACGUUUACAUGUUUUUUACGUAACACACGUCAAUUUGAUUGUAACAAUAAUAACAGCAGUUAUCUUAACGAUCCGUAUGACUCACAGAACCUGAACAACUGCAGCAAUAGUGACGAUUCCUUUAUCUACAUCAACAAUCAGAGUCCACAUCAAUACCUUAACAAUCACCUGCGCUACUUGCAACAACAGCAGCAGCAACUACAUAUUCAGUACCAACAACAGCUGCUAAUAGAACAACAGUACCUCAGUCAACUUCAUAAUAUACAUCAUCAUCAUCAACGCCAACGUUACGAUUACUAUAAUCAGCGUUCCCGGCUCUCAUUGCCAGUGUUGCCACGCGUCCACCUGCAACUGCAGCAAGAGCAACAUCAACAGCUAGUACGACCUGUGCAACCUAUACAGCAUACAACACUAACGCUGUUACCGUCUCAGCAGCAGCACCAACAGCCUUUGACGGCAUCAUCAUCAUCAACAGCAGCGGUGCACAACGAAGAGGAGAGCGCCGUCGCUGUCGCUGUCGCCAACGUCGUCGCUCCCACUCCCGCGUCCACAUCCGUACCGGUAACUGCCUCCUCUGUCGCCGUCAUCGCCGCCUCUGGUGCAUCCUGUACACAGCCGCAGCCGCUACCGCAGCCGCAGCAACCAUUCACCCUGUUACAACACACACAAAUGUCCAAUAAGCUAAAUCCGAAACGCCGCGAAGGACCGAUCACUACCGGUACCGGCACAACAUCGGCCGCCAAUACAUCCUCAGCCGCAAAUACAUCCUCCUCAUCUAGCUCAUCAUUAUCGUCCGCCGGAGGCGGUGAUGGUGGUAUGUCUGCCGAUCUAACUUCAUUGUUUGAGUGUCCGGUGUGCUUCGAUUAUGUCUUGCCACCGAUAUUGCAAUGUUCUAGUGGGCAUCUGGUAUGCGUAUCGUGCCGCUCGAAACUCACCUGCUGCCCAACAUGUCGCGGACCAUUGGCAAAUAUACGCAAUUUGGCAAUGGAGAAAGUCGCCUCAAAUGUGAAAUUCCCAUGCAAACACUCGGGUUAUGGUUGUACAGCUUCGCUGGUUUACACAGAAAAAACCGAACACGAAGAGACAUGUGAAUGUCGACCAUACCUUUGUCCGUGCCCGGGUGCAUCGUGCAAGUGGCAAGGCCCAUUAGAUUUGGUCAUGCAACAUUUAAUGAUGUCACACAAAAGCAUUACUACGCUACAAGGCGAAGACAUUGUCUUUCUCGCCACUGACAUCAACCUGCCCGGCGCUGUCGAUUGGGUUAUGAUGCAGUCUUGCUUCGGCCAUCACUUUAUGUUGGUGCUUGAAAAGCAAGAAAAAUAUGAUGGACACCAACAAUUCUUCGCAAUUGUGCAGUUGAUCGGCUCGCGGAAAGAAGCCGAGAAUUUCGUCUAUCGUUUAGAGUUAAAUGGCAACCGUCGACGCCUGACUUGGGAGGCUAUGCCGCGGUCCAUACAUGAAGGUGUUGCAUCUGCUAUACACAACUCCGAUUGUCUGGUAUUUGAUACAUCGAUUGCGCAACUGUUUGCGGACAACGGAAAUCUCGGCAUUAAUGUUACCAUUUCGAUUGUCUAAAAUGAAGCAACAACAUACACAUACACAAAAAAGAGAGAGAAGACAAGGACAGGGAAUAUUUGUAGAAGAUAAGAAAUAGUAGAAGAGGGUGGGAGUGACUUGGAUUUUUUCAAUUGUGAGGGAGUGCAAACCCCGACAACAAGCUUCAGCAAAAUGGGACAAAAAUAUAAAAAAUUGGCGUACACGGUUACAUAUAUGUAUAAAGUGGGUUCAAGCAUGUAUCCAAAUAACCCAGAAAUAACAAAAAAUAAAUGCGAAAGACAGAAAUUGAAUUUUUUUUUACCAAAAAAUGUAUAUAUUACAAGCUAGGCCGGCAGCGUGGAAAACUUUAAACAAAAACGAACACAUUUUUACAUUUUAAAUGAAAGCCCUAAAAUAAUUUCUAAUAAAUAACCAUUGCAUGGUUUAUCCUUAUUUACUGUUCGUAGAUUGCUGGUACGUGGGAAACCCGAAAGUCAAAAUUUUCACCUAAUAAUAAUUUGUACAUUGCGUACAUACCUACAUAUAUAAAA